CCCUCUUUUCCACACCAGGGCCCAGCUUGUGCUUCCUCCCUCACCUUGUUGUUUACUUCACAACACUUGAACCCCUUCGCCAUUAUUAAGCGUGGUUUAGCCUGUAACAAAAUGGAGUCGCCGCCUACAUCCACCUACUUCCAAACAGUGUCUCCGGCUGCGGAGGCACCACAACCUUCUGCACUUCCUCCAUCCACACUCCCCCAACCGGAUCCAACUCGGAAAGAUGCCGGCACCUCCCCCAGUACCGACGACCCAAAGGUGAGGCCGAAUCGCAAACCUCUUCUCCGACUUGAGCUUCGAGACCUCUCCUGCUCGGGCUGUCGGUCGUUUCUACGCUUACUCCACGCUUCAACCGCCCUUGAGGACGCUGUUGACACUGUGCUGCGGCUGUUGUAUACCGGAUUGAAGACACAUUGUAUACCAUCUACACGUUCAGUCACGCUGACUCUGCGUGCUAUGGGCGGUGUGGCAUACACCACUGGACUGGACAUUGACUCAGACCACAAGGAAAUCCACCUCAACACGAGUUACAUCGCCAUGAUUCCCGAAGGUCGGCUGAAGGAGGAGAUGCUGGGCGUCAUCAUCCACGAGAUGGUGCACUGUUGGCAGCACGAUGGGAAUGGCACUGCGCCUGGCGGCCUCAUUGAAGGGAUUGCGGACUGGGUGAGGUUGAAAGCGGGAUACGCCCCGCCCCAUUGGAAGAGACGGGCAGAUUGCGACUGGGAUUCGGGAUAUGAAAAGACGGCAUACUUCUUGGAGUGGCUCGAGGAAGAGCAUGGCGCCGAUAUUGUGAGGAGCAUCAACGACGGUUUAAGAGGUUGCGAGUACGACGAGGACACUUUCUGGCCUAAGUGCUGCGGAAAGAGUGUUCACAAACUGUGGGAUGAUUACAAAGCCCAUCUUUCCGGUCCAGGUGAAGAUGAAAGGGCAUAGGGGCAUCCAUGACUGAUCAUACUUGACAACCCGCCACACAGGCGGAACAGUGCCGCUCCCCAAUUCCACGAAAUGUAUCGGGUGUCCGCAUUAUUGCGCCUCGGAUGGAAGUUGAGGGGGGCUUUCAGCUGGGGGAUUCUCCUCGUUGACUCGACACCAUAGGCGCUGGUCCGCUAGACACUGGCACUCUCUACUGGUGAAUAGGUCCUACAAGCAGUUCCCUUCCACGGUACAUUCGAGCUCGGGGGUCUCCAAAGGAGCUGCAGCGUGAAGGCCUUUGGAAAGUGCACCUGAAGCACACAGCAAAUCCUUGUCCACUCUUUCCACGCGUGGUCUGUUUGCCU